AUGGCUUUAACUCCCCAGGCCGAUCCAAAAUGGACGUCUAAAAUUGUUCGCGAUACAUUUCUCCAGUAUUUCCAAAAACAUGGUCAUACGUUCGUUGCUUCGUCUGCUGUCGCACCGUUAUCUGAUCCCACCCUGCUAUUUACGAAUGCCGGGAUGAAUCAGUUUAAGUCAAUUUUUCUGGGAACGGUGAACCCGAAUUCGGACUUUGCACAGCUGAAGAGUGCGGUUAAUUCCCAGAAGUGUAUCCGUGCAGGUGGAAAGCAUAAUGAUCUGGAUGACGUUGGAAAAGAUAGCUACCACCAUACAUUCUUUGAAAUGCUGGGUAACUGGAGCUUUGGCGACUACUUCAAAAAGGAGGCCAUUGGAUACUCUUGGGAAUUGCUAACGCAGGUGUAUGGUUUGGACCCGAGUCGCCUCUACGUUACUUACUUCGAGGGAAGUAAAGAAGGUGGUCUUGAACCUGACCUGGAAGCCAAGGAUAUGUGGAGGGCCGUUGGUGUUUCCGAAGACCAUAUCCUUCCUGGGAAUAUGAAGGAUAAUUUCUGGGAAAUGGGAGACCAGGGCCCGUGCGGUCCUUGUAGUGAAAUCCACUAUGACCGUGUGGGUGGCCGGAAUGCCGCCGAGUUAGUCAACCAGGACGAUCCCAACGUUUUGGAAAUCUGGAACAAUGUAUUCAUCCAAUAUAACCGCGAAACCGACGGAUCCUUGCGCUCGCUGCCCAAUAAACAUGUGGAUACUGGACUCGGUUUCGAACGGCUUGUGUCAGUUCUCCAGGACAAAUCAUCCAAUUAUGAUACAGAUGUUUUUAGUCCCCUCUUUGAGACGAUUCAAAGCAUCACCGGAGCACGUGAAUACCAAGGCCGUUUUGGGACCGACGACUCUGAUGGAAUCGACACUGCCUAUCGCGUUAUUGCAGACCACGUUCGCACCUUGAUGUUUGCGAUUUCAGAUGGAGUUGUGCCGAACAACGAGGGCCGCGGCUAUGUCAUUCGUCGUGUACUGCGCAGGGGUGCGCGCUACGCACGAAAAUAUUUCAACGUGGAAAUUGGGAACUUCUUCUCAAAAAUUGUGCCCACGGUUGUAGACCAGCUUGGGGACAUGUUCCCCGAGCUAAAACAAAAGCAACGGGAUGUAAUGGAGAUACUGAAUGAGGAAGAAAUAUCCUUUGCAAAAACGCUAGAUCGUGGAGAGCGGCAGUUUGAGCAAUAUUCCCAGCAGGCAAAAGCUGCAGGGGACAAUAAACUGCACGGCGCAGACGUUUGGAGGCUUUACGACACUUUCGGUUUUCCGGUUGACUUAACUCGAAUCAUGGCCGAAGAGCGUGGCCUUCAGAUUGAUGACCAUCAGUUUGAAGAUGCGCGCGCGAAAGCCAAAGAGGCAAGUAAGGGCCAAAAGAAAACAACUACCGGAAGCAUGAAACUGGAUGUUCAUGACCUGGGAAAGCUGGAGAAGAUGCAUGACGUGCCGAAGACCGACGACAAUGCCAAGUUCGAAACAGGGAACGUGGUCGUCCAAAUCAAGGCGAUAUAUCACGGAAAAUCAUUUCAUUCGUCCACUCAAAACAUACCGGCGUCGGAGCAAGUGGGUGUCAUUCUUAAUCGCACGAACUUUUACGCCGAGCAAGGUGGGCAAGAAAAUGACACAGGACGAAUCAUUAUUGACGGCCAAGCUGAACUUGAAGUCGUCGACGUUCAGCUCUACGCUGGCUAUGUUUUACACACCGGGUUUAUGAAAUAUGGCUCUUUUAACGUCGAGGAUACUGUUAUUUGUGAAUACGACGAACUUCGCCGGUGGCCCAUCAGGAACAACCAUACCGGAACGCACAUUCUGAACUUUGCAUUGAGAGAAGUUUUAGGGAAUGGGAUUGAACAGAAAGGCUCUCUGGUAUCCAAUGAGAAACUGAGAUUCGAUUUCUCCCACAAAUCUGCCAUUGCGGAUGUGGACCUGGCUAAAGUCGAAGGUUUGUCAACCCAAUAUAUCCGCCGCAACUGCCUUGUGUAUUCGCAGGAAGUGCCCCUCGCUAUAGCGCGAAAAAUUGCGGGAGUCAGGGCUGUAUUCGGCGAAACGUACCCCGACCCAGUUCGUGUUGUUUCUGUUGGUGCCAAACUUGACGACAUCUUGGAAAAUGUUGAAGACAAGCGUUGGGGAGAUGUUAGCAUUGAAUUUUGCGGCGGGACCCACGUGAAAAAGACAGGGGACAUCAAAGAUUUGGUUAUCCUGGAAGAGAGUGGAAUCGCAAAAGGUAUUCGGAGAAUUAUUGCAGUUACGGGGGAGGAUGCGCACAAAGUGCAACGCGUGGCCGCAGACUUUGAGAAGCGACUUGAUCACUUGGAGACAAUGCCAUCGGGGCCAGCUAAAGAGCAGAAUGCUAAACAGAUACAGGUAGAGCUUAACCAGCUUUCAAUCUCUGCUAUACAGAAAUCGAAAUUCCGCGAACGCUUCACGCAGAUCAACAAAAAGAUCAUCGAAGAGCAGAAGACGCAACAGAAACUCGAGUCCAAGAAAGCUGUUGAAAGUAUAACCUCGUAUUUCGAGGCACCAGAAAACUCUGCAAAGUCCUGGCUUAUUGCCAAGCUCCCGAUAUCCGCGAAUGCCAAAGCCAUCAGCGAGUCCCUGACUUACGUGAAAACUAAGCUAGCGGAUAAAACCGUCUACGUUCUUGCACCCAGCAUUGAAGAUGGUCGUGUCGCCCACGGUUGUUAUGUCUCGAAGGCGAUGAGUGAACAGGGAGCCUCUGCCAGUGAAUGGGCCACAGCUGUUUCAAGAGCGGUUGGGGGCAAAGCAGGCGGCAAAGGGCCUACUUCCAUUGGAAACGGGAUCAACCCUGAUAAGGUUGACAAUGCCAUCGAUUUGGCUUCGGAAUACCUGAGCAAAUUCAAACUUUAG